AUGGCGUCGUCCUGGGAGGAGGAGGUGGUGCUGGUGGUACUUCUGAAAGUUAUUCCCGCAUGGCAGAAGCGGUUUGACCAGCAUAAGGAGGCCGACGACAUUCCGUGGACGGCGAAACGUAUGAUCGCAGUGCUAUCGCUGUGCACGAUCUAUGUCGGCUCGCAGAUCAUCCUGUACUUCACCAGCUCGGCCCUCACAUCCAUUUCCCAGAGUCUGGGCACUACCAUUGGCAAUUGGAUGCUCACAGCCAACACUCUGGCCGUGGCCGCCAUCUGUCCCUUUGUGGGAUACAUUACGGAUCUGAUGGGCCGCCGCAGCAUUGCUUUGCUGGGCACCCUUCUCCUGCUCAUCGCAUGCACACUGCAAGCGACGGCACAUUCCCUGGCCCAGGCCAUCGCUGCUCAGGCAAUUGGUGGCAUGGGAGCUGGUAUGGCCGAACUGGUGGCUCUUGCUGGAGUCGCAGAGAUCACGCCCGUCCGGUGGAGAGGCGUCACUCUCGCCCUGGUCACCUUCUCGAUCGUGCCGUUCAUGCCACAACUCCUCUACACCAUUCUCAUCGUGCGAAGCUCUACCUGGCGAUACUGCUUCCUGCUAUGUGCCUUGUGGAAUCUGAUCGGCAUGAUUGGAUUGAUCUUCUGCUACCAUCCUCCACCACGGCCAAACGCCGAGGGACUCACCAAGAUGGAAAUCGUCAAGCGUAUUGACUGGCUAGGCGCCUUCCUAUCCAUCGUCGGCAUCACCCUCUUCCUCGUCGGCCUCCAGGCGGGUGGGUACCAAUACCCAUGGACUUCGGGGAAAGCCCUUGGCCCCUUGAUCGUUGGCGGUUUGAUCACCUUUGUCGCAUUCCCGCUAUGGGAAGUGUACGGUCGGCAUCCUUUUCCCAUGGUUCCUCCCAAGAUUUUCAAGGGACAGCGAGUCGUCGCUCUCGCAUAUGUCGUAGUUUUCGUUGCUGGUCUGGAGUUCUACUCCAUACUUGGCUUCUUCCCGCUCGUCCUACAGUAUGUCUACAACACCGAUGCCAUCACAACCGGCGUGAGAGGCCUGUGCUAUCCUUGCGCCAUUCUCGGAGGGGCUUGCCUGUUAUCUUUCUCAAUGAGUUAUACCAGAGGACACGUCAGACUCAUGUUCUUCUCGAUGGCCGCAGUCAUGACAGCCUUCACAGGCGCACUGGCCCUUUCGACCCCGGAUAAUCCAGGCUACACCAUCACCAUGGCUACCUUUGCUGCUUUCGGUAACGGAGCUCUCGUCGUCCCAGCUUUGACUCUGGCAUUCUAUGCUGCUCCCGACGAGUUCGUGGGCACUGUCGGCGCUCUAUCGCUCUCGGUCCGCUUCAUUGGAGGAUCCAUUGGCACGUCCAUCUUCUUCAACAUUUUCUUCACCAAAUUCAGCGAAUUCUUGCCUCGAAAUGUGGCGGGAGCAGCCAUGAGCGCUGGAGUGUCCGAUCCUACGAUUCUCAAGGCACUGGUCGUAGCCUAUGCUUCUCAGGUACCUGGCGCAGCAUCGGUGGUGCAAGGUGUGACUGCGACCACUGUUGCGGCCACUCAAUACGCCAGUCAGAUGGCUUACGCGGAAGCACUCAAGUAUGUCUGGUACGCCACCAUUCCGUUCGGCGUCGUGAGCUGCAUCUGCUGCGCAUUCUUGCCGAAUAUCAGACAGUUUAUGACGAGCAAAGUCGCUGUCGAUAUCCAUUGA